AUGUCGCUGGCUAACGCUUUUGACAGCGCCGAUUUACUCCGUUUUGACCAGCACAUCAUGAAUCAACUUGCUCGCAACGAGCCGCUCGGCUACGUGUGCGAACUUAAGAUUGACGGCGUUUCAAUUGCCCUCAUUUACCGCCAAGGAUUUUUGGUGCAAGCCCUGACGCGCGGCGACGGAUUGGUCGGCGAAGAUGUGACUCACAACGUCAAAAUGAUUGCAGAUAUCCCGGGCAAAAUCCCUUACCAAAAGGAGGUUGAAUUCCGGGGUGAAAUUUAUCUCAACCACCAAGUUUUCCAGCAGCUCAACGACCAGAGCGAUCAGCGCUUUGCUAACCCACGCAACGCCGCGGCUGGCACGCUACGACAGUUAGACGCCCAGGUGGUUAAAAACCGCCGUUUAAACGCUUUUUUUUACGCGCUUGUAAGACCGCUUGCACACGGUUUAGCAACUCAAAAAGAGGUGCUAAAGUUUAUUAAAAACCAAGGACUGCCGACCGAGCCCCACGCCCGGCUGGCGGUUGGAAUUAAGGCGGCGAUUGAGCAAACUGAGAAGUUAGCCGCCACGGCCCGAAAAUUAGCUUAUGAUACCGACGGCGUGGUCGUCAAAGUUAACGAUUUAAAUCUUUACGAAGACAUCGGUCAAACCGCCAAAUACCCCAAGUCCAUGAUUGCUUACAAAUUUGCCGAAGAAGUCGGCCAAACUAAAUUGGAGGCGAUUUUCCCAACUAUCGGUCGGACUGGCCGGGUAACUUAUAACGCCAAACUGGAGCCGAUUCGUUUAGCCGGCACGACCGUCAGCGCGGCGACUCUUCACAACGCCGACUACGUGCGCGAGCGCAAAAUUAACGUGGGCGACAUAGUGAAAGUCAAAAAGUCGGGCGCUAUCAUUCCCCGCGUGCUCGGAGUGGCUCUAAGUCAUGACAAGAAGCGCUGCAAUGUACGCGCUGUCAAACGCGUCUUUUACGGCUGGAUGGCGAAGUUGAUCAGUACUGUCCUAACGUUAAUUGUCCUGCUCGCCUACUAG